ACUAGCGCACACUUCCCGCCAUUACCCGGCAUGUUUACGUUGCUUUGUGGUGUGCCAACCCAGGAAUCGAACUCGUGGCUUUCUCGCGGAUUUUCCACGGAUUUCUAGAAGCCAGAGACCUCCGUCCUAAACAGUUUGCACACCCUGGGGCACUGCUGACUCGGCAGAACUGAAAUAAGGAUGUCAGCUGAGAAGAAGGAACCAGAAGAAGCCCCGGUGGCGCCCAAACCCGCCGCGCCCACGACUACAGCCUCCCAGCCCACCCCCGCUACAACCGCUACUACAACCACUACAUCUACACAAAACACACAGCCUAAACCUCAACCAUUGAAACCUAACUACACCCUGAAGUUCACAUUGGCCGGCCACACUAAAGCAGUCUCCUCUGUCAAGUUCAGCCCAAACGGAGAGUGGCUAGCAAGUUCAUCGGCGGACAAGCUGAUCAAAAUCUGGGGUGCGUAUGACGGCAAAUUCGAGAAAACCAUCUCUGGGCAUAAACUGGGUAUUUCAGACGUGGCAUGGUCCAGUGACUCCCACCUUCUCGUCUCAGCCUCUGACGACAAAACCCUCAAGAUUUGGGACCUUAACUCGGGCAAGUGCCUGAAGACGUUAAAGGGCCACAGCAAUUAUGUGUUCUGCUGUAACUUUAACCCCCAGUCCAACCUGAUUGUGUCAGGAUCGUUUGAUGAGAGUGUGCGAAUCUGGGAUGUGAAGACUGGGAAAUGUUUGAAGACCCUGCCUGCACACUCUGAUCCUGUGUCUGCUGUGCAUUUCAACAGAGAUGGUUCGCUUAUUGUGUCCAGUAGCUACGAUGGGCUUUGUCGGAUUUGGGACACCGCAUCAGGACAAUGCCUCAAAACCUUGAUAGAUGACGACAACCCACCAGUCUCGUUUGUGAAGUUCUCUCCCAACGGAAAGUACAUCCUAGCAGCAACGUUGGACAACACACUGAAGUUGUGGGACUACAGUAAAGGAAAGUGUUUGAAGACAUACACAGGCCAUAAGAAUGAAAAAUACUGCAUCUUCGCCAACUUUUCAGUGACAGGAGGAAAGUGGAUAGUGUCGGGUUCUGAAGACAAUAUGGUAUUCAUCUGGAAUCUGCAGACAAAGGAAGUGGUGCAGAAACUACAAGGUCACACAGACGUGGUGUUGUGUACCGCGUGCCACCCGACAGAGAACAUCAUAGCGUCAGCGGCGCUGGAAAACGACAAGACGAUCAAACUAUGGAGGAGUGACGUAUGAUGGCCCCCGUGACUCUAUACAUGUAGAACCUCCUGUACAUAUAACUCUAGUCACACUCUUUUUAUACUACAUGUCUGUAGGACAGCUAGCACCUGUGUCGUUGCAAAGCAUUUCUUCCCAUCCCAAUACAUGUACUUCUUUUUGGCGAUGCCUCAGGGGCAGAGCCUGCUUUAUAGUACUGGGCUCAGUUUGUCCAGUUGCACUAGACUCCACAAAAGUUACAUUUUCUUUACAUGCAUGUUGUGCACAACAAUACAAGAUUAACAGAGAUACACUGACUUUCUAGCCAAAACUUUCUUAAAGAUAUCUUCUUUCUGUUCCUCUGUCUUGAGCCGAUGUUGAUACUGUCUUAUUAAGGAGAAUGUAGGGUGAAAGAUUUAAGAAUAUGUUGAUAUUGCUAAGACAGUUUACCCUCCAAAAUUUGUCAACACAAGUACUAGUACUAUUGAUACUCACAAAAAAGUUUCUGUACAGAUGUUAUAAUCACUGUAGUAGAAUUUCAAAUCUACAAAUUGAGAAUCUGAUGCCCGAAAGUUUUGUGGAUGCUAACAUUAACAAGGUGGCAUUUAUGUAUCUAGUCCAACGUUCAGGUCAUUGACGAUUUGUAGAGGGGGUAGUGUCAACUUUGUUUGUUGCUGGAGCUCACACAGUCUUGCUGGGCUAAUUGCUAACAGAGAUGUUUAGUUUAGUUAGAUUGGUAUAUUUUACUGAGGUGGGAUGGAAAAUGGAAAGCGUGCAUAUGUUCACACUGUGUUGUUGUAGCAAGAUUUUGUCUCCUCUCACUAGGAAUUAGUCUUCCCAAGAAUUGUUUUCCAUGUAGGAUCAGGGUUUAGUUUUGCGAUCCUCUCAUACCAGCAUGCGUAUUUGAAGCAACGACCCUGGUGUACCAGACCGUGAUUGUUUUUCUCACUGGCGUUUCACUGGCCAACCAUCAGCCAAUCAAAUACUCCCUCUCCUAGCAUUGGAGGAAAAGUGACUGUUGCCCCUUGACUGUAAAGAGUGACUUGAUUGGCCAGUAAAUUUAGCACUAACAACAGGAGAGUAUCUGAUUAAGGCAUUGAGGACGACAUAUCGCAUGUGGGUACACCAAGGCCAUUGAUUGAAAGGCACUAGCAAAAAACCUGGCACUAGAGGGUGAGUUUUGCUUGAAAAAACAUGUGGCAUUUUGAUUAAGGGAAACGAAAUUACUGAAGAGAAAGGAUGUGUUUUGAUAUGGCAGCUGUUAGAAUGUCUUUUCCAAAGUUGGAAGAAAAAUGUGUGGAUGGAUGGAAGGAUGGAUGGAAUAUGUGUGAAUGCAGUACAUGUCUCAGUUGUUAAGUGGCACCUGUAAGCAGGUGAAGCUCAGCUCAUGAAGGUAGAAUGUCUUUAGUUUUAUGCAGAAGAACUCAACAAUGUGGACCAAUAUGUACAAUGUGACGUGAUAUGAACAGUAAUAUUCACACCAUUAGAAUGCUGUGUAUUACAAAACUACAUACCAUAAAAGAAGGGCAUACAGAGAAUUACAAAGCCAAUUGUAUUUUAUUCUUUCCGAGACAGCAAUAAACAUAUAUGAAAGACA